AUAGUCUCAGCAGGACUUUAGGCAGCCACAAUGGCUUCGCGACUCGUGCUGGUCCUGGGUGACCUCUUCAUCCCAGAUCGCGCUGCAGACAUUCCCACCAAGUUCAAGAAGCUCCUUGCGCCUGGCAAGAUCGGACAAAUUCUCUGCCUUGGCAAUAUUACAGAUCGAGAGACAUACGAAUUCCUGCGAGGCAUCGCGCCUGACCUACAGAUCGUCAAGGGCGAUUUCGACGUCGAAGCACCAAACCUCGCCCUUUCUAAGGUCGUGACCCACGGAUCGCUGCGCAUAGGCUUCACACAUGGUCACACAAUCAUACCGCCAGGCGAUGGCGACAGCUUGCUGAUCGCAGCGCGGCAAAUGGACGUGGACAUCUUGCUAUGGGGCGGCACACACAAGUUCGAGGCAUACGAGAUGGAGGGCAAGUUCUUCGUGAACCCAGGAAGUGCAACAGGUGCUAUGACGACAGGGUGGUGGACAGAAGACGAAGAUCCUACACCAAGCUUCGUGCUUAUGGACGUCCAAGGUGAUGUCCUCGUGCUGUACGUCUAUCAGCUACGUACAGACGCGGAAGGAAAUGAGAACGUCGCAGUAGAGAAGGUUUCGUUCAGGAAAAACGGCGGCGGUGCGGCAUAGACACGAUCCUGCGCGAUCAGACGGUAAUUGAGCGGUAAUUGAGCGGUAAUUGAGCGCAUACACAAUGCAGCUUCGAAUAACACGACAGCUUCGGUAUCUUUGCAACGAAUCAAUGACUAUCUCAGUGCAUGCAUAACGCAGACUUGCACCUCAG